AAUUAGAAGUUCCCAAAUUGUUUGCCUGUUUGGCCUGGACUUCCCUGCCGCUCAAGAUGGUCUGCCGCUUCAAUCCUUUUUAUGUUGGUCCAACACCACCAACCUGUUGCACCUCGGAGACGAUCAAUUCCUGCGACUGUCCGCCCUGUUCGCCCGACACUGGAUACCAAGAGCCGCGCUGUCAGUGCGACUCUUGCUGUCCAGGUACAAUGGAUUGUGCAGUUAAAUGUGAAAAGGCAGCAAAACCUGAGGCAAAGGCUGCAGCUGCAAGUGUCAAAGGAUUUUCCAAGUGCACACCGACAGCAAAGACGACGAUGUGCAAUCCUGCAUGCAGCGAAGCUGUCAAGAAAUAGAACAUUUGAGAGACAGAUAUGGGAGUGUUAAGGAUAUGAUCAGGAUAUGGGGAGAAGAACUUGAAUAAAUAAAUGAAUUUUGGUUGAAA